AGAGCACGGUCUCCUUUGGUGAUAGACGGACAGCGAGACGGAGACAGCCAGUUGCGAGUUUAGUGAACAGUGAAGCGAUUCAUGAUAAUUAUUUUGAUAAUAUUUCAGUUUUCAGCCACGCCUUUUUAUUGCAAAUUACAUUACAAUUAAAAACUCAUACGCAAUAGUAAAAUGAAGUCAAAUCCCUUCCGACUUAGACGUUAUUGAACUAAGAUUUGUUGAAUUAAAUUGUAAGUUAAACUUAGGCGCUUUAAAAUGGAAACAGAUCAACUUGCUCCAAAAUUUAUUCACUUUUUGUUUUCAUCCAAACCCAAAUUCGACUGUUAUUUUGCAUUCGGGAAAGAAGGCCAGGAAAAACCAGAAAGAAUUGGAGCUGUCAAGUUAAUGUUGAUGGCUCACAGUGAAGUUUUCAGACUGCAGUUAGAAGACAGUGGAUUGGCAGAGAAGAAAGAUGUUCCUGUCAUAGACAUCCAUCCUGACACGUUCAAAGGAAUGUUGAAAUAUGUUUAUGGCUAUGACACUACUGCUACAAUGGCUUUUGAUGAGGCAGAUGAUUUACUGUAUGUUGCGGAGAAGUAUUUAAUGAAACCUUUGAAAGACAGCCUCGCUGCUAGACUGAUGACCCUUUUGAACAAAGACAACAUUUGUUCCUUGAUGAACAACCCUGCCUGUUACACUCAUCUGGAGUUGGACUCGGCCAUUACCAAGAUUCUGAAAUUCGAGACGGAUCAAGUGUUAGCAAGCCCAGAGUUUUUGUCAAUGAAUUCUGACAGUUUCCUCAAGAUUUUGGAACAGGACGAACUUGCAGUUCCCGAAAUAGAAUUGUGGAGAGCAGCAAUUAAAUGGGGAAAACACAGAGCUGAGUCGGAAGAUGAUCCGAAGCUGGUCCGCCAACAACUCUCAGGGUUGACUCAACAGUUGAGACCUUACUCACUGAGUCCGGAAGACAAAUUGGAAGUGAUUGGUUCUGGGAUUUUAGACACAGAAGAAGCCAACAACUUGUGUCAUUGUCAUUUUAAAAAGGAAACCCUUCUAACUCUUGGUCAGUUUUCAAAUGAGACUAAAUCAAGGACAAUGGCAAAAACAAGUACUGUCCUUGAUCAACUAGAAAUUAUUAUGCCAGAACUGGAAUAUAGCUACAAUUGGGUUUACAACUUUACUCUGACUACCAAAAGCCAUGCAAUUGAGCUGUUACCACUAGAGUGUGAAUCAUAUGAUCUUAGACCAGGAUACCCUGUAGAUAAGACAUAUAAAGUGAGCUGUUCAGCAACAAUAAUAACUGAGUGGACCAACUUGGAUGUGUAUGAACCUGCAAUAAACUUGCAUUUCAGUAAGCAUGUCAAGUUUGGAGAGAAGUUAGAGAUUCCUCUAGUUGUUGAUGGGAGAAACAUAACCUUGAAGCCAAACACCCAGUACUAUGUUGUGAUGCAGGUGAAAGGGUACCACAAGAUGAGAUACAGUAAGACAAGGCCCAACAUGAAAAAUGAUCACUUGAUUCUAAGAAUAUCCAAGAAUUGUGAUCACUACUACUUUCCCUCAGACAAGUUGAUGUACAGAGCAAAAACAGUGGAAUAAUGUCAUUCUAUAAACAAUAAUUUAGGAGUUUUGUGAUUUUAAUUCCAUUCAAGUGUGUGUGCAGAAAAUUCAUAUCUUUUUAUCGUUGUUUAUGAUUUUCAUUUAACUCUGAUCAUUUAGGAAUAAUAUGCAUUUUGUAAAAUUAUUCUAAUCCAAAUUUAAAUACAUGCAAAUUCAGUCAAAAGUAUGUUUGGUUAUGAGCAUACAGUUUGUGUAGUAAAGGGCAAAUAUCCAAUUUUCAACAGAUUUUUUAGUUUUAUCCAUACUGAUGUAGAAGUGGGAUGCAAAGAGUCUUGUCUUUAAGUUAAUUUAAAUAAAUUCUUGUUAUUUGUUGUGUGUGAAUGUAUAUGUGUACCCUAAAAUAACACAUUUUAAAAUAAAAAAAGAUCAAAAACUUUAA